AUGGCUGUCACUGCUACAGCAACAAAGACCGACAUAAUAAGUGUACUUCGUCUGAAUAACUUUGUGGAUAUUUCACAAAGCCCAAACAAGGACAACCUUGCUUUUCAUGUUGUCUGUAUGAACACCAAGUACAAACCUAUKGACUACUUCAAAUGGGUUAUUGAUGAUUUAAAGGACAAAGGUGAAUCAUCUGACAGAAGWAUAAUCUACUGCCAAACAAUCAAGCAGUGCUCAGAAUUAUACUCCCUUUUUAUUAAUGAGCUUGGAAAGAACUUUGUCAUAGAUGCUGAUAACCCUUCUAAAAGAAAAGUGGAGAUGCUCCAUGCAUUGUCUGACAUGAGCAAUGAGAAUGCGCAUAUUAAAAUAUUGAUAUGUACUAUAGCAUUUGGAAUGRGAGUAAAUUGCAAGGGGGUCCACACUGUGAUCCAUUUUGGCCCCUCAAAGUCAAUUGAGAGCUAUAGUGGACGAGCUGGUAGAGAUGGAAUGCCAAGCAAGUGUAUAAUAUUCUACAAGUCAUUGAUGUUAGUACAUGUUGAUAAAGACAUGAGGGACUAUGUCAGAGGGAAGUGUGACUGCAGACGAAAUUUCCUCAUGAACCAUUUUGAUGUAGCAGGCAACAACUGUGAAGAACAAUCAAAAUGCGACAAAUGCGAUGUAAGCUCUUCAGUACAAUUCAUUCCUGCUGCAACAGAUGCAGCAUACCAGGRACGAACACGUGAAGUCAGCUCUCAAAAACUGUUAGAACUCAAGUGCCUAAUUAUUUUCAGGAAAAACAUGUACAUGAGACUUGAUAUUCUGUAUAGCAGACAUUUACAGAUUUGUAGAAAUUUGGAAAAGAAAGCAUGCAACCUCACUCUUGAAAAUAAUGAGAGAGGUAUUUAA